UGGUGGAGGGAAAAUAUUUGGGCUAUGGCACAGGAGAAUGGCGCCACAGUGCUCGUCAAGGCGUGGGAGCGGCGCCCACGAUGGAUGCUCAACAACAUCUCGCUCAAGGAGAAGAAACCGGUGAGUGAGGCGCUGGAUUCUCGCCACAAAUCCGAAGAAGAAGAGGAAUCACAGCACCGGUCGAGGAUUUUCUUUGGGGCAAUGAGUUUCGCGAAGAAUGUGGCAAAUGUGGCCGCUGUGGAGGGGAAUCCCCGGUUUGCGCAGCUUCUCACGCAUCCCGUGGCGUUCAUGCACUUCGUUCCCAGAGAUUUGGCCCUCUUUUUCGCUGGAGCGUUGGCUGGAGCUACAGCAAAGUCAGUCACAGCUCCGCUGGAUCGAGUCAAGCUUCUUAUGCAAGUACAGGGUUUAAAGGUAGGGGAAGAAGGUGCAAAGAAGGCCACUGGGUUCAUAGAGGCCAUUGUGAAGAUCGGUCAGGACGAAGGCUUGAAAGGCUAUUGGAAAGGAAAUCUUCCUCAGGUGAUACGCGUGAUACCAUACAGCGCAAUGCAGCUUUUUGCAUAUGAAACUUACAAGAAAUUGUUUAAAGGCACCGACCAUGAGCUCUCUGUUCUAGGACGACUAGCUGCGGGAGGAUGUGCAGGCAUGACUUCCACUCUGGUUACAUAUCCUUUGGACGUUUUGAGGCUGAGGCUAGCAGUUGAUCCAGUGGCGAAGUCCAUGACCCAGGUCGCUCUGGAAAUGCUCCGUGAAGAGGGUCUGGGAUCGUUUUACAAGGGACUUGGCCCGUCGCUCAUGAGUAUUGCGCCUUACAUAGCAGUGAACUUUUGCGUCUUCGACUUGAUGAAGAAAACAUUGCCGGAGGACUUCCGUAAGAAGCCACAGUCGUCAUUUGUGACGGCGAUCGCGUCGGCAACUGUUGCGACUUUGUUGUGCUACCCCCUGGACACAGUUCGCAGGCAAAUGCAGAUGAAAGGAACGCCGUUUGGCAGCGUUCUGGAAGCGUUUCCAGGAAUCAUUGAGCGAGAUGGAGUGCUUGGUCUGUAUCGCGGCUUUGUUCCCAAUGCACUGAAGAACCUUCCAAACAGCAGCAUCCGCUUGACAACAUUUGAUGCCGCGAAGAACUUGAUCCAAGCUGGGGAAAGCGAAUACCAAAAGCUUGUCCAAGAGAAAUGUGACAAGAACAUAGACUAAAAGAGUCUCAGUCCAUCCAUUUUUGUACGAGCAUUCAUUCAUUACAAGUGUUUAUUUUAGUUCUUAUAGUUGCGUAGCAAUUCAUAAGUCAAGAGUGCUACAUUUUGUUAGUGAAGAUUUAACUUUAACACUUUUUUGGGGGCAUAUGCCUUUAGUGCUA